AAGGUGUUUCGCGUAACCCCACGUGAUGACAACGAAGUUCGUUCCAUGGGCUUCCUCCGUGACCUGUUGGAGGACAAGCUUGAUUUCUGGGCUGAGCCUCGCCACGCCGGCAAGCCAGUCGACUUCAUGGUAGGACCAAGUUUCCAAUACGAGGCUCUACGCAUGCUCAGUGAGCGUGGCCUCCAGGCCGAAGUUUUCAUCGACAACAUCGAGCAGCUGAUCGAAGAGCAGAUGCAAAGACAAGAGUUGUCAGCCUCGGCGACCUUUGAUUAUGACGUCUAUCACACCUAUGACGAGAUCAACCAGUGGGUUAGCUCAAUAGCCAGUCAGUACAACAGCAUUGCGUCAGAGGAACUGCUAGGUUACUCGUACGAGGGAAGGGAAAUCAAGCUACUCAAGCUUGGUAAACCUGGCUUCAACAAGCCAAUCAUCUGGCUGCAGAGCGGUGUCCACUCUCGAGAAUGGCUUUCACCGGCCACAAUGCUCGCCAUGGUCAAUAUGUUCGUGGAGGGCUAUGGCAGCGAUUCGUCCAUCACCAAUCUCUUGGAUCGCAUGCACUGGUACAUCUUGCCAAUGUUCAACCCCGAUGGUUACGUCUACACCUGGAACGGGGACCGCAUGUGGCGUAAGACCAGAUCACCCAACUCAGUCUCUGCUUGCGUGGGAACCGACCCUAACCGUAACUGGGACCACCAGUGGUGUGUGACUGGUGCCAGCAGGUGGCCCUGCUCUGACACGUACUGCGGCACGGCUCCCCACACUGAGAUCGAAGUCAAAACGGUGACAGACUACAUCCUCACCUUGAGUAACGUCCAGGCGUUCGUGGACUUCCAUUGCUACAGCCAGUACUGGAUGGUUCCGUGGGGGUACACCAGGCGACUCCCCGCCAACUAUGCAGCGCAGAAAGCACUAGCAGACAAGGCCGCAGCUGCUUUGUCGUCAGUGUAUGGUACCCAGUAUGUCACCGGCAGCAUCGCCAAUGUCAUCUAUGAAGCCUCUGGCUCCAGUGCCGACUGGGCUUACGGCGUGGCUGGCAUCCAGUACGCCUUCGCUCCAGAGCUGAGGGACACUGGGUCGUACGGCUUCCUGAUGCCAUCCAGGUUCAUCCGCGAGAGUGCAGUGGAGACCUUCGAAGCUGUCAAGGCCAUCGGAGACAACUUCAUCUAAGGAACAAACUAAUUAAAGCGAAGUUUACUGAAUCCGUCGAGGAUUUCAGUGCCUGCUACAAAGCAUAUUGACCUUUCUCCCGUUUUACAACUAUCAAGUUUUAUGAGAAUGUUAUUAGUUUAGUUUACGAAUAUGAUGUUACGCAAGGAUUGAAAAUUAAAAAUGGAGGA